GGAUAGGGGCAGGAAGGAAGACAUGCUGGCCCCCCAGCGGAAGUCCAGCCACUGCUUCACCAGGGAAAUGCGUUGGCUCGCUGGGUGGGAAUCGUUCCAUAGUCUUCAAGGGACCAGAAUGUGGAGUGAUCCUACGCUGAGCUGCUCAAAGUAGGAACUUCACCUUGUAAAGCAGAAGGGUGGGUUUUUCUUUUUUCUCCUUCUUCUUUUGUGGUUUCACACAGUAAAUGAGUGUCAGUCUCCACUUACCGAUGAAGUGAGACGUCAGGCGUGGAGGCGUGGAUGUGGCCUGAAGCUCUGGCCCCGCCUCCUCUGCCCCUUUCAUUUGACUCUCUUGAAAGAAUAUUCUCCACUGUUUCCAUGUGUUGGCGAACUGUUCCAUAGAGUCCAGCUUCUGGGAACCAGCCAGCAGCAUGCAGUGACAUUGCAUCAUUGGGCCCUGGAACCAGACAUAGCUGCGGAACUCAGAGGAGCCUGCUCACAUCCCCGCCAUGAGAGGCACCGGCAUCAGAAAGGGUACACCCAAGAUCCUAUUGGCCAGGGCACUUUACGACAACCAUCCAGAUUGCUCUGAUGAGCUCGCGUUCUCCAGAGGGGAUAUCCUGACCAUCGUGGAGGAAAAUGUGCCAGAAAGCGAGGGCUGGUGGAAGUGUCUGCUCCACGGGAGGCAAGGCCUGGCUCCGGCCAACCGCCUCCAAAUCCUCAGAGAGACCCCUGCAGACAGACCCUGUCCCCUGUCCCUGAGAGGCCUGGACACGGAUCUCACCAGCUCUGCGGCGCCUUACCAGGUGCACAAGGUGUUCUCCCUGCCACCCCCAGGGCCUGUGUAUGAACCAAUGAGGAGCUGGGUGGAGGGGCCGCCGCCAGCUACUGCCCAAGUCUACGAAUUGCCUGACUCACCUUCCAGUGCCAGGAUCAUCUGUGAAAAGACUCUGAGCUUCCCCAAGCAGGCUCUCUGUGUGCUUCCCAGACCAACGAGGGCCUCGUUGCCGACGCUUCCUUCCCAGGUGUAUGACGUGCCUGUCCAGAGGCAUGUCUCCUCGAGCCUUGAGAGGCCGGAGAAGCAGCAGUUCUAUGACAUACCCACCAGCUCCCAGAAGGCUCUGCUCCACUCCUCCACCAGCCAGGCAAGUGGACAGGGUGUUACGCUGGCACCAACAAUGGCCUUCAGACAAGAUAACCCACUAUCCAGCCCUCAGAAGUCAGAAUGGAUGCGUGACACUCCAGCGCUGCUGGAAAAGGCCGAUGUCAGAAAUGUUUCCACAACCAGCUUCACCAAAGAAUCGGGGUCCAGUACCGUUCCAGGCUCCACUGCUGUCCGCACUGGAGCUAGGGCCCUCUCCCCACAGCCGGGGAGCGCUGUGCAGAAAGAAAGCAUCCUCCCAGAAGAACCUGCCUAUGCCUUCCCGAAGCCCAGGGACCCACUUCCUUCUGAGGCAGGCGGCAGCUACAAGGUCCCUUCCAGGUUUCUCAUUCCCAGAGUGGAGCAACAGAGCACCCAGCCUAACAUUUACGACACCCCUAAAGCCACGCAGGGUGUGUCUCAUAACACCCCUAAAGCCACGCAGGGUGUGGCUCUGGCUGGAAAGGAGCUGGAGAGACGCAGAGAGGCUCCAGAGAAUUCCCCUUGGAUCUCCAGACAGACAUGUUUCCUGUCUCCUGACUUGGACCGAUUAUCUGUUGCCAGCUCAGACAGCGGGGCUAGCGUGGUGUCUUCCUGCUCUUCCAUAUCCACGGACUCCUCCCAUGGCUCCUCCUCAGAGGACUCCGUCAAGGAGCUAUGGAUGGACGUGGACUUUGCAAAGGAGACGGCAGUGUCUCUGCAACACAAAGUGGCCAGCUCGGCGGCGGGCCUGCUCUUCUUUGUAAGCAGGACUUGGAGGUUCAAGGACUCCUUGGAAACCAACAUCAACAGAAUCCGCAGGGCCGCUGACCACGUAGAGGAAUCCGUAAGAGACUUUCUGGAUUUUGCUCAAGGGGUCGGUGGAACCUCCUGCAAUCUCACAGACAGCUACCUUCAGGCUAGAAUUAGAGAUCAACUCCAGACAAUCUCUAGCUCCUACCAGACACUGCUGGAUGCCAAGGGAAGCCUGGACCGCUGCAAUUGGUCCCUGGAAGUUCUCGUGACGGACAAAGUCCAAAACAGCAUGGAUGACCUGGAAAGGUUCGUCACCAUUGCACGAAUAGUUCCAGAAGACGUCAAGAGGUUUACCUCCAUGGUCAUUGCCAAUGGGAAGCUGCUUUUUAAACAGAACUGUGAGAAAGGAGAGAUGGACUUGAAGUAUGAAAGAUGCAUCUGGUCUCCCCAAAGAGAAACUGAGUACUACCAAGAGAGCAGCCCCUUCAACACACAACCAGCAACUGAGCACUCCUUUGCGCUAGCAAGAAAAAACAGAGUCUGUGGGCAGAAGUCACAUAACCUACAAGAGAAAGGAAAGCCUACCAUGGAAGGAAAGUCAAACGGAGACACAGACCUCCAUGGCACGAGUCCUACCUCUCUUACCUCUCCAUCGCCCAGUGGGCAGAACACAGAGAGGAAGAUCCGCCUGUCUGAGCACAGCAGGCUCUAUUUCGGAGCACUCUUCAAAGCCAUCGGUGUCUUUGCCAGCAGCCUCAGCAACAGCCAGCCCCCCGAGGUCUUCAUCACUCAGAGCAAGCUGGUCAUCACAGUCGGGCAGAAGCUGGUGGACACGCUGUGCAGUGAGACCCAGGAGAAAGAUGAACGCAAUGAGAUCCUGUGUGGUAGCAGUCACCUGUGCGGACUGCUCAAGGACCUGGCGCUGGCCACCAAAAGUGCAGUAAUCCAGUACCCGAGCUCCAGUGCCCUGAGCCUCCUCCAGUCAGAGGUGGAGAAGUUAGAACAUUACUCUCGGAAGUUCAGAGACACAUUGGAGUGAAGCCUACGAACGUCAGCUCCUGGCCUGUUUCAUUCCCACCACUCUGUUCUGUGGAAAAGCCAAUCGGAAUGGCUGAAACUGCCACGGGUCUCAGAGCUGGUGUUAGUAAGUGGCUAAGCCUCUGAAGGACACUGGCUGACCACGAAGAGGUCAAGAAAGAGAGGCAGGUGACAAGUCGGGACCUUGAGAUACUGAACUCACUGAGCAGAGGUAUACAGUGUCCACAGGGGAAGUGGCAUUGUAGAAGCCAUGUUUCAUAUCAGUCACAUGUGUGUGUGGUUUACAGUCAUUCUACACUUAUCAGGCAGCAUCGAAGAGUCAAGGGGCUGAAGAGACAGCAGCGUGUCACAGGCUCUGACCUCACAGAGGCACCGUCUCAUUGGGAAGACAGACAAAGGGACAAAGAACAUCUGCAGCCUCUUGGCUGCUAGUGAGAAAAGAAACUUUGGCAGAGCAAGAAUGCAAGAGGAGAAAAGAACUUUAUCCCCCAAAGGAUUGACUCCUGUUGGAUUCAUUAGGAAAGUGCAGGGACUGGUGUCAUACACCUUUAAGCUUAGCACUAGGAAGCAGAAGCAGACAGACAGACCCUAAUGUGACCAGACUAGUCCACAGUGAGCUCCAAGCCAGAGGCUAUAGAGUGAGGACCUAUUUUUUAAAGCCUUUCCAAAAGUAAUGAGUUUGCCUUUUUUAUCAGUUGUUUUAGAUUAAUACUGUGAGAUGUAUACAAACUGUGUGUGCACACGUGUGUGCAUGUGCAUAUGUUGCUAGAAACUGAAUCUAGGGUUCCACAAAUGCUAAGCCUGUAUUGCCAUGAACUUUGACCCCUACUCCCCCCAAAUGUAUCUUUGCUGUUACUUCAUCCUGAAGGUGAUGGUCAUGUGCUCUGUAGGAAGGGAUGGUUAAGUGCUCUGUUGGGUCCCCUACUAACUUAUUUUGUAUUUCAAAUCCUGUAUUGAUGUGUUUCCCUGCUCAAUUAGAUUAGGUUUAUAUUUCACUAGUCUCAAAUCUGUUAUAUUAUUUAUCUAUACUCAUGGGUUUAAACACAUUUGCAAGGUCCUGAGAGAUGGCUCAGGAGGUAGAGGAACCUACACUCAAUCUUGAUUUCCUGAAGACCCAUGUGGUAGAAGGAGAGAAGUGACUCCUGAUAACUGUCUUUGGACAUCCAUGCACAAAAUAAAAUGAAAUUUGUAAUUAAAAACUUAAAACACA